AUGGCGUCUCCGAAAGUCACCUCCGCCCUCGCGGCCAUUGAAGCCACGCCCCACCAACAGACCAAGCUCCAGCAGUACAACGACCUUCUCAACGACAUCGUGGCUAGCUCGUCCGGCGACGAGCUCGCCCAAGACAUAGUCUACUACCUCGACUCAAUCCUCAACGAAGAUGUCAGCAUCGUCGCUGCACGACCCCUCCUCGACUCCUUCAUCGCCGUUCUCCGCAAUUUCGACCCCGAAGUCAAGAUCAAAGUCGGUCAACACGCUGUCACAUUACUUCAAUCUCGCGCCACCUCGGCCGAAGAACAAGACUCACAAAUUCGUGAGAUCCUGGCCGAGGCCUAUGAGUCAGAGGAGGAGUACACUGCCGCGGCGCGGGCGCUGUCGGGUAUCAACAUCGACAGCUCGCAGCGGCUAGUCUCCGACGCGGCCAAGGCUCGACUUUGGAUCCGCAUCGUACGUUAUUACUUGGAGGAUGAUGACACUACAAGCGCCGAAGCAUUCUUGAAUCGUAUCAAGAACUUGCCCAGCAAGCUCGAGGACCACGAUGCAAAACUAUACUUCCAGCUGUCGCAGGCGCGGAUUCUCGAUGCUCGGCGGCGGUUCUUGGAUGCUGCACAGGAAUACUUCAAUGUCAGCCUUGCUCAAGGUGUUGACGAAAGUGACCGCCUCACGGCCUUGUCGGCCGCCAUUCGCUGUGCGGUUCUGGCACCUGCAGGACCGCAACGUUCGCGUACUCUGUCCCGUCUCUAUAAGGAUGAUCGUGUCCCAUCGGUAGAGGAGUUCUCCAUCCUGGAGAAAAUGUUCCUUGAUCGUCUUCUGAAUGCUGAUGAAGUUGCUGCAUUUGCCAAGAAGCUCCAGCCCCACCAACUCGCUGUGACUGCCGAUGGCACCACGGUGCUUGACAAGGCAGUCAUCGAGCACAAUCUCGUCGCUGCAAGCAAACUCUACGUCAACAUCUCUGUCGAUGUGCUUGGGUCGAUUUUGGGCCUUCGGGACUCCGGCGAAAUGACCGCUGGUGAAAAGGCACAGGACUACGCUGCGAAGAUGGUGGAGCAAGGCCGUCUCCGUGGACAAAUCGACCAGAUUGAUGGAAUAAUCACAUUCGACACGGAGGCUGCUGGGUCUACUGGAGCGACCGGUGCCAACCUUCGACAGUGGGAUCUGGGCGUGCAGGAACUUGCUGAGGAUGUUGAACGGGUGGCCGCUAGUAUCACCGACCACUUCCCGGAUUUCGCUACUAGUCAGAUGGUGCAUUGA